AUAAUUCUGGUUCUAGUAUCAUCUAUCAGAUGAAAGGACCAUAAUUGUGGAGGGAGACAUUCUUUCUACUAUAAAUGGUGUUUGGUGUUCCUUGAGAGUCAGUAAGAAGUUUGAUUACACAUUAACCAUGAAAUCGAUGUUCGUUAUUAUUGCUGCACUUUGUGCCACUUGCUAUGCUCAACAACUAGCAACUAAGGAACCAAUUCCAAUUGUCAAAUACAUCAACGAAGGCGUAGGACCAGAAGGUGCCUACCAAUGGGGAUAUGAAACCGGUAAUGGUAUUGCUGCUGAAGAACAAGGUCAACUCAAGAACGCAGGUACUGAAAACGAAGCCAUUCAAGUGCAAGGAUCAGCCCAAUGGACUGCUGAUGAUGGAACACCAAUCCAGCUCACAUACAUUGCUGAUGAAAAUGGUUUCCAGCCACAAGGAAGUCAUCUCCCAACACCUCCACCAAUUCCAGCUGCCAUCCAGAGAUCUUUGGAAUGGAAUGCUGCUCAUCCUGAGAAAGAAGAUAUCCAACGAAAAUACUGAACCAACAAAAAACUUCAACCUGUGAUUUCCUGAAUAUUUUGUAUAUAAUCUUCAUAUUUGUUCAAUGAAUAAAUACUACAGCUGUGAAUGACA